UCUCCCGCUGGAGCAGUAGUGAGUGAGUGUGUGUGUGUGUGUGUGUGAGAGUGAGCACACGGUGGGAUGUUUGGAUUGUGACGCUGGUGUGUUUCUUCUCGGUAUAAAGCGCGAGUAAGCCGCGGUGAUGAUGUAGCUGCUCUGUUCCCGCGGUGUCCUGAGUGUCCGAGUCCCAGUGGAUUAUUACACUCCCGGGUUCUGAGGAGACAGCAGCGUGUGGAGUGUUCUUGAUGAAGAUGAUGGGGAUGUGCACACAAGUGCUUCUGCUGCUGAGCGUCUUUCUCACACCCAGCCUCGUCCGCUCUGGUUCAGAGCUCCCUGUACCCCAGAAUGUGUCCAUACAGAAGGACCUGAGGUCUCGGACACUGACGCUGUCAUGGCAGAGUGAAGCCUCACACUUUGAUGUGGAGAUUUAUUACACUGAACUCAUGGAGCUUGUCUUCAACGAGAGCGUUUGGGUGGAAGGGAACUCGAAAACAGGCCAUUGUGUUUGGUCGUGGCGCUCGGAUGUGCCGCUGGAGUGCACCUCCCGCUCUGUACGCAUCAGAGCGCGACAUGUGGCUGCAGUUAGCCAGUGGAGCCCCCUGCUGACCAUCCCUGGUAUGGACGUGCCGGAUCAGCCACAGGCUAAGAUGUACCCUCAGGAUCCGGUGUUGGAGGUGGGUGGAAAUGUGACGGUGUGCUGCAUCACGCCGGAGGGCAUGGCCUUUGGCAGUUUAGGAUACGGGAAACAGAAGGUACCGGUGACCAGGCUGAGCCGCAGGAGCUACAGCACCACCAUCACCAACCUGCACAAGUCCUCCUACACCGGCACCAACGUCCCCUGUUUCUUCAACGACUCCUCCAUUCUCACUGGGACCGUGCUCUUCAUCGGCUAUCCCCCAGGUGAUGAGGGUCUGCAGUGUGAGACGCGGGAUCUGCAAACAGCAGAGUGUCGCUGGAGCAAAGGAAGAGACACGGGCUUACAGAAACGUGAUUUACUCACAAAGUACACACUGAACCACAGAAAUUGUACCGAGGAUAGAAGAGACACAGGCUUACAGAAAUGUGAUUUACUCACAAAGUACACACUGAACCACAGAAAUUGUACUGAGGACAGAAGAGACAGGAAACAGUGUCGUUCUGACCGCUGGGAGAACAGCUGGACUCUGGUGGCCAAGAAUCCCCUGGGAAUGGUCCAGCUCUCUGACUCCGCCCACAUUGAACAGCGCAUACGUCUGUUGGCCCCUGUGAGUGUGAUGUCGGACGCUGAGGCGUGGAAGGCCCGUGUUCAGUGGAGCUGGACAGUGGAGGCCUAUAAAACUCUGCCCCUGCUGUGCCAGGUGCUGCUGGACAGCGGAGACACUCGUAACUACACCGGAGUGGGACUAUCCUCCGUGCUGUUGGACAGGCUGAGGCCGGACACUGAGUACUCGUUCUCUAUUCGCUGUGCGUCUCUGCAGUAUUUCUGGCGCUGGGGAGACGGGAGCGCCCCCUACAGCCUGCACACUAGCAUGGACCGACCUAACGCUCCAGACAUGUGGGUGUGGAGGACCAGUGAAAAAACAGGACAGGUCAUAUGGAAGCCUCUCUCACCCAGGGACAGUCACGGUGCUCUGACAGCCUAUGAGGUGUCUCAAAGAGACGGCGAAGAAGGCCGGUGGACAACUGUCUCUCUCCCCCCGAGUGUAUCCAGCACUCCCGUUAGCCUUAGUAACAGCAGUGAUGUCAUGGUUGCCGUGGCAGCGCGGAACCUGGUUGGUCUCUCUCAGCGUAGCACAGUCACCGUCCCCCAGUACACUGCAGACUCGGAGUUGUCUGUAUCUGAGCUGCUGGGAAAUGGACAAGGUUUAACUGUUUCCUGGAACAGCGAUCACAACUCCACACAAGGAUACAUGGUGGAGUGGGUGCCCACCUGUUGCUCCGCCUCCUCCACUUGCUCUGUCCAAUGGGAGAGAGUUUCACCCUCCAACAGCAGCACUGUCAUCCAAUCAGGAUCUCUGGACCCUGGAGUGCAGUACACAAUCUCCAUUUUCACUUUGCUUCCUGAAGCGUCUGUCCUGCUGCAGAGACAUUACGGAUAUGGACAGACACAGGUUCCUUCUGUGUCUGUGGGAGUGCUGUCUGCUGUCCAGUCCGGCUCAGACGUUGUUCUCUCCUGGACUCCUGUUCCUGUGUGUGAGCGAAAAGGUUUCGUGCUCGGACACACUGUUUAUCUGGCUGAUGCCUCCAACCUCAGCCUCAUAGUUAACCUGACUGAUCCUGCAUUGAGCUCAUACACAGUAAAGAGUCUGCCUCUGGGUUCCUAUAAGUUCACAGUGAGGUCGUACACUUCAGCUGGAGAGGGAAUGGAGUCCACCAUCUCCAUCAAAACCGAGUCUGACACUGAUCUGAUGUUGGUGGAGAUUCUGGUGACGUUGGGAUCGAUGUCCCUCUGCCUCCUCAUCAUCACCGUCUUCUGCUACAAGAAGAGACAAUGGGUGAAGAAAGCGUUCUAUCCUGAGAUUCCUGGCCCUAAACUCACCGGGAAUUGGUCAGCUCCACCGGGUCCUCUGGACUUGAAGCCCCCCACACACAGCCUGGUGCACAUCGUGGAGAGUCCGGAUAAGGAAGGCGUUGUCACGGUGCCGGGCGGACAGGCAGAGGGGAACCAUGACGACGAGAACGAUGAUCAGAACGUCGAAAUGGACACGGACUCGGACGAACCCGGCGUGCUGCGCUACUACAACCAGCUGGUGAGUGACACCUCCGACUGUUCCACGAGCUCCAUGGAUUCAGCGCAGACACAGGUGACCUACACAGGAAUCCAAAGCCCCUCCUACCGGCCCCAGAACCAGCCUGAGGCGGUGUUUGAGGCGGAGUCCCAGGAGGAGAGCCCUAGCAUGGGCUACAAGCCGCAGUGCUCGUGGAGGCCCGGUUCUCCGGAAAACGAAAACUUCUGCGGCUCGCUGGGAAGCCCCACCUCGGUGACGUCAUCACAGUUCCUCAUCCCAGAAUCCUCGGAGGAACAUCCAGAGUCCUCAGGAAGCUGGUUCCAAAACCUGCUCUCUGGCAAAUUCUAGUUAGCAUUAGCAUUUAGCUUUAACGGUCAGACAUCACUACUACUCAUUAAAGGCAUUAUGGGAUGGAUUUCUCGGGUCCUUCUUAACUCCUGUUUCUUUCUGUCCAGGACAUUUAGAAUUGAGGACAUUUCAGUGUCUCCUCACUCACCCUGCAUUCCAUUUCAGAAGAAGCUGCUGAAGUAGGGCGUGUGCUCGGAUUGGGCAGCGAGAGAUGAGUUCUGUCCAUUCGCAGGGCAGCGUAAAGCCCACCGUUUCCCCCUAAUGAUGGACAGAGUUCUGAAGAUUUAUUAACUUUGACCUUGUGAUUUAAAAGGUUUUCUUAUUGUAAAUCAUUUUACUGGAGUUAAAACACUACUGCAGAGGCUAGUGAUGAACAUUUCAGCUUUAAAGGAGCAGUUCAUCCAAAAACUAAAUGUACACAAUGUUCCUGUCGACCACCUGGCUAACCAGCUAAUAUAACUAACAGCUAACGGCCGCCGGGUUAGCGUCAGGUGUCUCCCUGGGCGUGUGACAUUAUUGGUUGAACUAUAAACGUGUAUAUAAAUGUGUCCUAUAGAGGGCGCUGUGCUGAACCAUGUAGCUGUUCUACCAAGUAUUGUGUUUGUUAUCCAUCAGGCCUUUUGAAGUCCUUUGAUGUUUGAUGGACAGGUCACACUCGCUCUGGUAUAAGCUCACUGAUGUUAUGGCAUUAUUUGUAAACUGAACAAAAACGUGAGGGCGGGGCUAACAGAGGAACCAGUCAGGUCGCUGUACACCUGAUUGAUCGCCUGUGUAACGCUGCAGUGAUUUAGAUUUGUGUGUGUAUAUAUUUCCCAAGUGCUCUGACUUUAUUGCCUUAAAGUAUUCACAGAUUAUUAGCUUUCGCUUUGCUUUUACCCGAGACCAGACACCGAAUGAUGUUUGUUUACGCGUUUUAAGAUUCUCUGCUUCUGAGGAUUUUUAAGAAUAUAUUUCAAAACAUCUUUAAGAUUGCAUCUGCUUAAAAUGCAUUUAAAGAAACUGUUUAGUGAAAUCUAAAAUGUCCACAAUGUUCUCGUAGGCGAUUAACUGAGGCGUGCUCUUUAUUCAGCGCUGGACUUAUGAAGCUAAUGUAGCGAAGUGUCAAAAGUCACCCAGAAUCCUUCCCUCUACUCUCAUGAAACCACGCCCUCUAGAGCCUGUUCACAGGCCACGCCUCCUAGGCCCUGCCUGGAGGCCUCAUCCUCUUGGCCCCACCCCCUAGGUCCUGUCCCAUUGGCCAAACCUACUAGGCUCCAUCCUGAUACUUGACCCUCUUUGCCCAGCCCCUUAAAUUCUGGUUCUAUAGGUCCCACUAGGGAUCGACCGAUAUGUUUUUUUUUUUUUUUUUUUUCAGGGCCGAUACCGAUUAUUAUGGAAUUGGGAUGCCGAUAACCGAUAUGUGCAACCGAUAAAUGUAAACAUUAUAAUUCACAUGAAAUUAAACAUAGCAUACACUGACACAGACCUUCAUAAACAUGAAAUGUAUGUUUAAUUGUAAAAUUGAACAUGAAAUUUUGUGCAGGGAGAUGCCAGCAGCAUUUGUACAAUAAAGUCAAACAUUAGUUAGAAUAAAAUGAGAAAUAAAAUAAUAAUAAAAUAAAUAUUCACCAGUAAAAAAAUAAAUCACUCCCUACUAUAUUACAGCUCACCAUUUUCAGUGGAAAAUAAAUGAAAAUGCACUCUGGAUUCUUUUACACUAAGAACUAAGUAAGACUUACCAACUUCAAGUAGUUUUUAAAUAACAAAUCAAGUGUCGGGAGCUGCCUGCAGCAUUUUUUAAAAAGUAAAAUCAAACAUAGUCGGCUAUCGCUCCCUAUUAUGUAACAACUUAACAAGUAACCAUCUACGGCUCUGCUCCUUUAAGGGUAUAUCACUUUCCGAAUCAGAAGCGCUAGCGAGGAGAAUCACUUGCGCAAGAAUUAUAAAUACCAGUGGAGUACAUUACAGCGCAAUGUGAAGUAGCAUAAGAACAUUUAAGUCAAGAGUUUAAUUGAUGUAUUUCGUUCAUUAGCGUUUAUCCAAGCAAGUGUGCAUCCACGACACAAUUAAUUACUGAGCCCACAACAAGCGUCCUGACAAACUCCCUACAGUAUUACACAGCCUACUAGCACCAUAUCACACCUGGCGUGUUUAACUGUUCAAAUAGCGCUUUAUAAAGUUACCGAACAUAUACAAGUGCAAUGCGCUUUCUGAGCACGAGUCACGUCAUGAAGUUUACUCAUCACCAUAACAAAUAGCCAGUAGGCUUGCGCUAGCCUACAGAACACAAACACUGUUUUAUUUCGUCUUCCCUUGACCACCUCUCUGUAUGGCUGUCAUUCUACUGUUCGAGUAGAACUACUGACACAUUCACAACGUUUCCAGACGGGGAUUUAAAAAUGACUGCAGCCUGCGUUAUGCUGGGGACUGCUUACUAUGGACAACAUUACAUGGAGUUUCAGCGAGACUAGUUGGUUGCAGGCUAAUUCAAGUGCUUCCUUCCGUAAGCUAAGUUUGCCUGGCUACACAGAUGCAAAUGGACAAUUUUAACGAGUAGUAGAUGAAGAACGUAAACAUAUAACGAUGUUGUGCUUUUGCAACUUGUGCGUUUGUGACUUAUUGCGGCAAAAGCAGCGUGUCCUUACCUUGAAGUGGGAUCUGCUUCUGCCCGAGUGCCCGUACGGCCGCCUUGAAACAGUUCACAGUGUUUAGCUACGCGUGUUGAUUGGCUAUAUCUCUUGUGCCGCUUCUGCCCGAGUGCCCGUAUGGCCGCCUUGAAACAGUUCACAACAAAUCAGAUGUUGUGGUGGGCGGGACCGUGUUCUUGAACUCAGAGAGGCGAGUGCAGGAAAGGACGUGCAGUGACAGUCGCGUUAGGAACGAAAUGGCUGCAAAAAGGCAUGUUAUUGGCAUAUCGGUGGAAAUUAUGGCCGAUACCGAUAACCCUAAAAAUGCAGAAUAUCGGCCCGAUAUAUCAGCCAGGCCAAUUAUCGGUCGACCCCUAGGUCCCACCUCCUAGAACUCAUCUUUAAAAUUCAUUCUCAUGGCCCUGUUGCUUAUGUCCUGUCCUCUAGACCACACCUCCUAGGCCCCUCCCUUAAAUCAUAGUUCAUAGGUCACACCUUCUAGGCCCAGCCCCUAGACUUAACCCCACUCCUGUCCUUUAGGCCACACCCCUGAGGUUUCACCUCUAAAAGCCAGAUUGUAGCACUAGCUGUUUAUUAAAUAAUGAUGAUUACUAAUGAGUGAUGUAAUAAUUAUGUGGCAUAAUGAUGUCACACGUUGUUUAUAGAAAGGAUUCUGGGAAACUAAAAUAGACCUCAUUAGCACCAACAGCCUCCUUAGUGACCUUGGCCUUGUAGCUGCAGUAUAAAAGGAGACAUGUUCUAUCUGAUUGAUUCACUUUGUACUGAAGCUGUUUAGUGUGUGUGUGUGUGUGGGGGGGGGGGGGGGUUAGCUGUCACUACUGAGCAGCUGAGAAACACUAUUAACACAAACCCAUCAUCUCAUGUGACGGUCGGUCGGUCGGUCUGCCUGACUGUCCUCGGUGAGUGGGCGUGUGCUGAUGAUCCCUCGCACCGUAUCUCAGGUGGGUUUCAGAAUCACAGUAAUGGAGCAGGAGGGUGCCUGGGUAGGGCGCGAGUGAGGCCGGAGGUGAAGUCUGUCCCAUGCAGAAGGCAGCUUAAUGACGGGUGGGUCAUGGGGACGCGUGAAUUAUUUUAAUUUCACCUUAUUUUUUAAAGAGUUGAUGAAGAAAAGCCAAACCCACAAUUCUUUUGGGUAUGAUAGAGGGAGAACCAGAACUGCCAUCUCCUCACCAACACUCAUCUCCUGACAUUGUCGUCAUGGUUACAUUCAUCUUUCACAUGUUAACACAGCCCCUUGAAGUCAGUUCUUUCACCAGGUACCUGGUUGCGUUCGCGUUCUUCUGGUUGUGUCUGAUGCUGGUCUUCCACCAAACGACUCUUGGAGAGGUUUCAGUGUCACAGACGAGCGUCCAGCGUCACAGUAGAAUCAGAGUUCUGCUCGACUUGUGGUGGGCUCCCGUCAUCUCGAUUGUUUGGUGCGAGGUGGUCCAGAUCGGAUCGCUGUCUUAAGUCUCUUUUCCUCGUCUUGACGUUCCUUUAAUAUCAGCCGUGCUUAGUUUUGGCUCAUGGAAACAGUGACCUGAUAAGAUUCCAGUCUUUUACGAAAUGAUAGAUAAUCACUAGAAACGCCGUUUGGUAUAAAGUAACUCUGUCGCUAAUGACACACCGCCAGAGGGGGUCAGACUUUAGUCUCUGAGAACACUUUUAAAAGUGUACGAGUAACAUAAGCUGAAAAAUGGGUCCCCUCUGGGUCCGUGUGGCUUAUAAAUAAGAGUUUUCUGACGCUGUGUCCAUACAGUAAAUACAGCAUAUAGAUUUACUCUGUGAGGCAGGAGCCACAAAAAUGUAGCGUAAUCCAAAAAUGAGCAAUUUAAAAAUCACAGAAGUAAAAUAUACCAAGUGUCUGUACUUUAUAUUAUUCUCCUCUUCCCUCUUACAGUUUUCCAAACUGAACCCUCCGAGCCGAGGCGGACACACACACGCUGUCGCCACGACCCAAACUCUUAUUUCCUGGAAAUGGCCCGGCACUAGAGCUCAGUGGAACGCACUUUCCCUCUGGAAUAAGCAUAAACGUGUCUGAAAGCCAUUUCUUUAGCCCUUUUAUUUCGAACAGUGAACCGAAUUGUUUACACUCACCGGCCAUUUUAAUAGGAACAUGUGUGCGCGCAGUGUGCGAUCGUUACACUUUUACAGCACGAUGACGUAGUGGCUCGCGCCUCUAUAUGAGGCAGUAGACACAAAAAUGAGUGAGGGAUUGUAAGUAAACAAAUAAACGAGUGAUGUGUAACGAGAGCAUAAACGUGUAGCUAUAGCAUCGUUAUAGUAUCAUAAACCAUGAUAAAAAGAUUGGCAAUUACCACGAUAAACAUCAGCACAUGCCUACUGUGUGUGUGUUUAGUUACUGAAGCUCUAAAUACUACUGUGAUAUUUUAUAAAGGUUAUGAGUUUUAUUAAGGUUACUGAUUAGUUUAUUAAUGACCGAUGCAGCACUUUGACUGUAAGCUGUUUGUGUGGGCGGAGUUAACGUGUCAGUUUUUACAGAUUUUGCUGUGAAGCUCAUUCAGUGUUUAAGUUACUUAAAAUCUGCAUUUUUUUUUUUUUUUACUUAAUCAGUUAAACAGAUUAUUUUUUGUUUUGUCUGAAAUGUAUCUGACCGUGACAUGCUGUGUUCCAGUCCUGUGUCUAACCCUUCCCCUUAUUCACUUCUGCUUGGUCGAGUCCCCUUGCGUGGACAGACUUUAUUUCACUUCAUUACUUUAGUGAAGUGUGCGAGAUGAGUGUUGGAUAACGACCGAGUCGACAACAGUGACUACGUUUACAUGCACAUCCAAAUCGAGCUGCUGUCGGUAAUCGAGCUGAAGGUCCCAGCAGGGUGCCAGAGAAAUCCAAUCCUACAUGCACACAAGGAAAUCGGGCUAUUGUGUGAGGUGCAUUGUGCACCCGAGCCACAGGGGGCGCAACACGCCCCAUCGUGUUGGUACACUUCCGGUUGUCGUCAUGAAGAAGAGCUAUUCAAGAGUGUAAACAAAGUUAUCAGUUCCGUGUUCUCCAUUGCGCGUUUUUCUCCCGCCCAUGAAUUUUAAUAUAUUCAACUCCUUAAGCUGAAUGAGCAUGAACUCUGUCUCCUCAUUGCUCCAGAAGUGCACGUUUCUGCUUGCCUGUGGCAGUGGGGGCGUGGUCAAGCGCCGGUCUGUGACAGGAGGGCGGAGCCAGGGAAGGUGAGUGGCAGAAUCACUACACCUGACGGUAAUUAACCUGUGUUUGUGUGUCUUCCCAGUAACCGCGCCCUAUUUAAGGAGGCAGAGGGAGAGCUCAUCCCGGGACUAGAACACAGCGCGCGUGUGUGUGUUUUUCUCUCAAGAAUAAAAGUAGGCUGUUAAACUGAAAAGUCUGACAAUAAAAAGCCUAUUAGUACCAGAAGCUUUGUCCUGCCGUCCUCUGUGCUCCACCCACACUUCAGAGAGCUCUACAUCGCCAUUUUCUCUUCUUCGUUUGUUCCUCCUGACCUCUUCUGCUGCUCGCUACUACUGUUGUCAUGCCGACCGAGGCUGUUGUGUUUCCUGCUUGUGGUCUCGUCACUUCCGGAAGUAGCUCGACAACUAGCUCGAUAGGGUAUACAUGCACAAAGUAGCUCAGCAGAAAUCGCAUAAACUAGGUCGUGUAGCUCGAUUCCGAGAAAUCAAGUUCGGUUCAAUUUCAGCCGAAUUAAGGUGUAUACAUGGCAUUUUGAACUUCGAUUUCAGUCGAGCAACGGCAGAAAUUCGAUUCUCUCUAUGUGCAUGUAAACGUAGUGACUGUGGACUACAGAAGCAUGUUUAAUUACCCAGAAUGCACUUCUGCUAUCCAACACAUUUUUGUUGUUUUAAUUUUGUUGACAGAUCUUUUUAAAUUUUAAACUGAAAUGUUAACUUGCAUCUCAUUUCUGUGUGUUUGCUCCAUGUGUGUAUAACAGCUGAUGGAACUGCACUAAUGGCUAAUUAACACACUCGCUAGUGAGUGAGACUGUGAGGGAAGCCGAGUGCACUUCACAGCUGGACUCUGUCCACCUGAAACAAGUCCCGCACUCUGAUUGGUCACUGCAGGCUUCUGGGUGGUUAGGGGAAGUGGACGAGGGCGCAGUGGGAACCGAACUGGAACCAAAAGAGCAGGAACUGGAAGCUGUUACACAACACGCUCGCGUGUUAGAGAGCUGUAUUUUACACUUUGUUUUUAUUUUUAUUCACACACUAAUUAAGCUGAUUACAUGUAAAUAUGAUUUGGUGUGUGUGAGAUUGUUUGUUUGUUUUUAGGGUCUUUUGUAACACACAGUUCUGUUAUCAGAGGUCGUGUUCUGAUUGGGUGGACGUUCCCUAGGGAGGCAGCAUGAGGACACUUGUCUUCCAGCAGUCCUGAUAUUGGACCGAUUUCUAAUUUCAGGCAGUCUAGUGCACUACAUAGUUUUACCGUUUCAGGACGCAGCCCAUAUCAGAAAUGAUCUGAUGAUCAGAACUGUAGUGCGCUACAUGGGAGCGAGGGAUUCAGCAUAGCAGGACACUAAAACUGUUUGUGACUAAACUCAGCUACAGAUAUUACUGUUGUGAUAUGGAAGUGUAUAAAUAUGUAACAGACGUUAUAAUCCAACACUAACGUGUGUGUGUGUGUGUGUGUGUGUGUGUGCGCGCGCUGAGACGCUAACCCUACAGUAUGUAUAAGGAUCGAUGGUAAUAAAGAAUCUGAAUCCA